UGUUGAUCGCACCAAACAACGCGACAACAACCCACCUGUAUAAAGACACCUGCCUCUCCCUCUCUCCUUCCCUCCCCACCGCUCGCCAGCGACCUCACACACUCAGACCUCCUCAUCUAGGCUCACAUAGCCUCUUCUAAGGCCACUCUUAUCCCCGCAUAUUAUCUUCACAAUGUCUUUCGCUGGAAUGAGCACUCCCCCUCGCGUCGCAUCUCCUGCUCCCACCCCGAGCAAGAAGGCUGCGGCUGCUAUUGAUGCCCUUUCACUCACGACACCUACGAAAACCGACAAGCUCCCUGCUCUUAACCUUAUAGACGAUGAACGUCUCUCCCGGUCGCCGGUGUCUCUUGCAGACGAGGAGGAGCAAGAGAAAUACGACCCUGAGCUUGAAGAGCUUCGGAAGAAGUGGAUUGGUGAGGUUGAGCUCCCCGAACAUAUGGAGCCAUUGUUGAUAGAGUCUAAGCGCCGCUUCGUUCUCUUCCCCAUCCAAUACCAUGAGAUCUGGCAGAUGUACAAGAAGGCUGAGGCCUCCUUCUGGACGGUUGAGGAAAUCGACCUCUCGAAGGACCUCCACGACUGGAACAACCGCAUGAAUGACAAUGAGCGUCAUUUCAUCUCCCACGUCCUCGCUUUCUUCGCCGCGUCCGACGGUAUCGUCAACGAGAACCUCGUCGAGCGGUUCUCCAACGAGGUCCAGGCGGCUGAGGCGCGUUGCUUCUACGGGUUCCAGAUCAUGAUGGAGAACAUCCACUCUGAGACGUACUCCCUGCUCAUCGACACCUACAUCAACGACCCGAAGCAGCGUGAGCACCUUUUCGACGCGAUCGAGACCAUUCCUUGCAUCAAGAGGAAGGCGGAUUGGGCACUGCGGUGGAUCUCGGAUCAGCGGUCGAGCUUUGCGGAGCGCCUUGUCGCGUUCGCAGCGGUCGAGGGCAUCUUCUUCUCCGGCUCUUUCGCCUCCAUUUUCUGGCUGAAGAAGCGUGGCUUGAUGCCCGGCCUUACCUUCUCGAAUGAGCUCAUCAGCCGCGACGAGGGGAUGCAUACCGACUUCGCUUGCCUCUUGUUCUGCCAUCUCAAGCGCCGCCCGCACCCUGACGUCGUCAGGCGUAUCAUCGCUGAGGCCGUUGCUAUUGAGCAAGAGUUCCUAACUGAUGCGCUCCCCUGUGGGCUCAUUGGUAUGAACUCGACGUUGAUGUGCCAGUACAUCGAGUUUGUCGCCGAUCGGUUGCUCGUCGCACUGUCGAUGGAGAAGAUGUACGAUGCAACGAACCCCUUCGACUUCAUGGACAUGAUUUCGUUGCAAGGCAAGACGAACUUCUUCGAGAAGCGUGUCUCCGACUACGCCAAGGCGGGCGUGGCUGCGUCAGCAGCGAGUGGCAAGUCUGAGGUGUCGGUGAAGAGCUUCUCUCUCGAGGAGGACUUCUAGGGGAUUCGUCGACGUUGUAGCCACUUAUUUUAUUCACUCACAUCCUAUGCUGUCAUCACCAUCCCCACGGACUCUGGCUCUCAUCACUACUGUGUCGAUUCACUAGAUUGUUGUCAUUAGCAUGCAUGUCAUUACGAAGAUGUACUCCUACGAUGUAUCAUUGUCUAUAAUGCACUUUAUUAUCAUCAUCA